UUGAACCCACCGGGCUGUGUGCGGAUGCUGCUCCGCGUCGCUCCCCCAUCUCUGUUGCUGAUACUGGGAACCGGUGUGUGUGUGUGUGUAUAUAUAUAUCUGUCUGCAGUGACCACACACCUGCUAGCAGAAAUAAGGGAGUCCCAUUAGGCUGUUGUUUCUAACUCAGACAGUGUGGGGACACAGCACAGACACAGCGUUAGUAAAGUAAAACAGUCGGUUGCUAUCAGCUAGCGUUGAAUGUAUCACUCAACGGCUAACUACCUAGCAUGCUAGCUAACGUGAAGUGCAGCUAGUGAUGGCUCUUGGGUUUAAAAUAUUAUGUUUGCCGUCAUACUGUAGGUAAUGUAGCACAGAUUAAUUUAAGUGUUCAUACCGGUAACAUUAUUUAACGUAAGUGUAGUGACAAUAAUGUUAGUUAUCGUGCUAACCAGUGUAAGUACCGUUAUGUCUCAUUUAAAACAAGUAACAUUACUAUAAUCAAGCUAACGUUAACUUAAUGUUAGCCAGCUAGCUAACGUUAGCAUUACAGUGCCCCAUUACAGCAUCUGCAAGAUAAUACCUGUUUUACUUAAUUAGCCAAACCUUUACAUGGGAAGUUAAACUUUAUGCUAAUUCCAAAUAUCAUUGACUAUCAUUUCCCAGUCAGAAAGUUAAUCUUUUUCAGUUAUAGCCCAGGAAAAGUCUCUCUUAAGCCCAGCCCAGUUCAUCCACAAGUGAUCAUGGCUCCUAAAAAGAGACCAAUGCCCUUAAACAUCGCUCCUGCUAGUGAUGGGUUAUCCACCUCCACCAACACUGAUGUUUCAUCUGAGGCCAAUUUAGAGGCACUUAAAAGAAUAAUGGAGGAGCUGGACCUGGAUGAACAACAGAAGAAAAGGUUAGAAGCUUUCCUCACCCAGAAGGCCAAGGUGGGCGAGUUGAGAGAUGAUGACUUCAAUCGAGUAUGUGAGCUGGGUGCGGGCAAUGGAGGAGUUGUCAACAAGGAAUGUCACAGACCUUCAGGAAUAAUCAUGGCCAGAAAGCUCAUUCAUCUUGAAAUCAAACCUGCCAUCAGAAACCAGAUCAUCCGAGAGCUUCAGGUGCUGCAUGAGUGUAACUCUCCCUACAUUGUCGGCUUCUAUGGAGCAUUUUAUAGUGAUGGAGAGAUCAGCAUCUGCAUGGAGCACAUGGACGGUGGAUCUCUGGACCAGGUGCUGACAGAAGCAAAGCGAAUCCCUGAAGAGAUUCUGGGCAAAGUUAGCAUUGCUGUUUUGAGAGGCCUUGCGUACCUAAGAGACAAACAUCAAAUCAUGCAUAGAGAUGUGAAGCCUUCAAACAUCCUGGUGAACUCCCGUGGGGAGAUCAAGUUGUGUGACUUUGGUGUAAGCGGGCAGCUCAUAGACUCCAUGGCCAAUUCCUUUGUUGGGACAAGAUCUUAUAUGUCGCCUGAGAGAUUGCAGGGAACUCACUACUCUGUGCAGUCAGAUGUGUGGAGCAUGGGCCUGUCCCUUGUGGAGCUGUCAAUCGGGCGCUUCCCCAUCCCUCCUCCAGAUGCCAAAGAACUGGAGGCCAUAUUUGGACGGCCCAUCUUGGCUGGUAGUGAAGAAGAGACGCUCAGCACUUCGCCCAGACCCAGACCGCCGGGUAGACCUGUCAGUGGUCAUGGUCCUGCAAUGGCCAUCUUUGAACUUCUAGACUACAUAGUAAAUGAGCCCCCUCCCAAACUACCACACGGCGUCUUCACCUCUGAUUUCCAGGACUUUGUGACAAAGUGUCUCAUCAAAAAUCCAUCAGAGAGGGCUGACUUGAAAAUGUUGAUGAACCAUAUGUUUAUCAAGCGGUCUGAGGUGGAGGAGGUAGACUUUGCUGGCUGGCUUUGUAAAACCAUGGGGCUGAACCAACCUAGCACUCCCACACGCACUGCAGACUGAACACACACUGACCACAUUCGCGCACACACGCGCACGCACACACACACACACACACACACACACACACACACACACACACACACGUAAAAACAUGGAGAAGCUGCUGCCUAAAACCUGAUGCCCACACACACACGUUGUUUGCCACGUCCUCCCUCAGGUGAACCUCUGAAGUCUCCAUCUAUCAAAUGAACUCUACUGACAAGUAAGCCAGGAAAGAUGCUCUAUCUACAGCACAAGUGUGUCAGUUAUUACAGUCAUAUGUGAUACAUGUGUGACUUUGUUUUCAUAUGUGUCAUGCAAACACAUUUAGAAGAGUAAGGAUAGUUUAUUUUUACUGAACAAGUCGGGUUAUGUGUGUCUGUGUUAGCAAGAGAUGAUUGAGUCAAAGAAUGUGUUUUUUGCAUUUGGUGAUGUGACUGAUUUCUACAAAGAUGUCUUGAGGUGAAGCACAAUGUUUAAAACAUUUUAGCAUGACCCUCAUGUCAAAGCCAAAAAUGAAAAAAGUUACAACCUUAAAAGCACCCUCUGCGCCCUCUGUAUUUCAGGUUUGUUAUCUUUAAGCAUCAUCCUUAGCUUGUUGUGGUACCAUUAGCUUCAGAUGAGCUACACUGGGGCAGAGGCUGUCUUUGAAAAUACCAGAGACUCAUCCCUGGACGCUACCUGCCGUAAUAAGACCGCUUUUAUCUCUUGAGCAAGAUGCAUCACGACUCACUGAGCAGUCUCUGCGGAAACAAGUGAUUAUUUCUUUGUAUUCGUUGUCAUGUAAACAACAGGACACGGAUUUGCCAUUGAAGUACAUCCUGUGUUGUGGCAGGAUUAGGGCAUUUCGCUCCUUUGUUUUGUUCUAUUUGUGUACUUCCUCCUUUAAGUAAAUGUUUAAAGGGACAGUUAACCCCAAAAUCAAAAAUACAUAUUUUUCCUCUUACCUGUGGUGCUAGUUAUCAAUCUAGAUUGUUUUAG